ACUCAGUGGCAUGAAAAAGGCCAUGUCUAAGGGGACAUACUAUAAAUUUGACGAUGGCUUGAUGGAUAACUGGACUUGGUGCAAAACAUACUGUACUGUAUAGUUUUAGGAGAACAGUGGCAGAGGGCGGCAGUGAACAGUAUCAACAUAAAAACUGCAGAAGAAGAAGACCGGAAACGGAAGCGUCCUUUCUCACUGCUGUGUAGUGCGGCAACUUCUCUGAAAAAAUACCAACGCUCUGCAGCUAAACGCGCACCCAAACUACAGCAGUGCUUCGUAAGGAAAAUGGCCCUUGAAUCGCGCAUCACACAGGAGGAAAUAAAAAAGGAGCCAGAGAAGCCUAUUGACCGCGAAAAGACCUGCCCCCUUCUGCUGCGGGUUUUUACCACCAACAGUGGCCGUCAUCACAGAGUGGAUGAAUUUUCUCGGGGCAACGUUCCCUCCAGCGAGCUGCAAAUAUAUACAUGGAUGGAUGCAACUCUGAAGGAGCUCACUGGAUUAGUAAAGGAAGUGUAUCCAGAGGCCAGGAAAAAGGGCACACAUUUCAGCUUUGCCAUUGUCUUUCCCGAUCCCAGAGGAAAAAUGUACAAGUUGAAAGACAUCGGUAGCACGGUAUCUGGAAGAAAGGGUCCAGAUGACUCCAUGACGUUGCAGUCACAGCGAUUCCAGAUCGGAGAUUACCUGGAUAUAGCCAUCACACCACCCAAUAGAGCUCCACCCCUCAGCACGCGCAUGAGGCCUUUCUGAGUGUCCACAUCCACCACCAAGCUUACAGAAAGUCAAACAUUUGAGUUAUCCGUGUUGUGUUUUCAGUAAUCAAGAAUUACUUUUCUUCAUUUUUAAAACUUGAUGUUUAAUAAAGUUGUUCUUUUUUUUUUUGCAA